CGGAUCCUGUACCGACAAAGAUCUCAAGCACCAAAUAUUUCACAACCGUGCGAUCGUCCUCUAGCCCGAGGCUGCAGUACACAGAACUUAAAAGAAGUGAAGGAACAGGAGACGGACUGACGGGACAAACGUAACCAGAAAGUGAUAUUGAGAAUAUUGGAGGCUUUGAGAACUGCUGCAUAACAAGACCUUUAAAACAGAUCUAAUGGAAGUGAAAGAAACAUCAGUAAGUCCUCAUUGUGGAAAUGGACUUGAAAGUGAAGAGCAGCUUGUGAAGCACAUAAGAAUCCACACUGGAAAAAAGCCUUUCACCUGCCCUCAGUGUAAAAAACAUUUCUCAAGCCAAAGAAGACUUACUGCUCACAUGAAAAUCCACAUUGAAGAGCGUCCAUACACAUGUGAUGAGUGUGGAAAGAGUUUUGGAGAUAAAAGAAAUCUUGAUGUCCACAUGAGAAUUCAUACUGGAGAGUGUCCAUACAAAUGUCCUCAGUGUGGAAAGAGUUUCACACAAAAAAACAGUCUUGAUGUCCACAUAAGAUGUCACACUGGAGAGCGCCCAUACGUGUGUGUUCACUGUGAAAAGAGUUUCACAGAUAAAAGAAAUCUUAAUACCCACAUGAGGAUUCACACUGGAGAGCGUCCAUACGUGUGUGUUCACUGUGAAAAGAGUUACGCACUAAAUCAUCAUCUUCAAGCUCACAUGAGAGUUCACACUGGAGAACGCCCAUACACAUGUGAUGAGUGUGGAAAGAGUUUUUCACUGAAACAUAAUCAUACUGCUCACCUAAAAAUUCACACUGGAGAACGCCCAUACACAUGUGUUCAGUGUGGAAAGAGUUUUGCAGAGAAAAUAAAUCUGGAUGUCCACAUGAGAAUUCAUACUGGAGAGCGUCCCUUCAAAUGUCCUCAGUGUGGAAAGAGUUUCACACAAAAAAUCAGUCUUGAUAUCCACAUAAGAUGUCACACUGGAGAGCGCCCAUACACCUGUUCUCAGUGCGGAAAGAGUUUCACACAUAAAAUGAGCCCGGUUGUCCACAUGAGAGUUCACACUGGAGAGCGUCCAUACGUGUGUGUUCACUGUGAAAAGAGUUUCACCCAAAAAAACAGUCUUGAUGUCCACAUGAGAGCUCACACUGGGGAAUAGACAUGUGUAGAGUAUGAAAAGAGUUUUAGAUGCAAAAUAAAUUUUGUGAACCACAUGAAGGUUUGCACUGAAGAACGCUCAUACACCUGUUCAGAAAAGUAGUUUUAAGAAAUACAAGCUAAAAUUCAUGCUAAAGUGCGCUCAUACAUGUGUCUGCGGUGUGGAAGGAUCUUGCCAUUUAAAGGAAAGUACUACAAAUACACUACAAGACCAUCCCAGUAGGGUUCUUCACUUUUUGCGUCCCAUUAGAGACAUUUCUAUUUGGUUGUGUUGUGAGUUUUGCCGUGCAUGUGUUCAUGAUUUCUGGGGAUUUUCUAAUUGCGUGUGUUUUCCUACGUUGCCACUGUACACAACUUAACACAAAACAUGUUUCACAGAGGUUUUGUUCUACCUGUUCGUGUUUAGAAUUGUCUAAUAGGAUUUAUGUACAGUUGUGAGAAUGAAAAUGUACUGUCAAAACAAUUCUGUAUGAACAAACAACCAAAGUCAAGCCUGUAUUAUGUUCCCAUGUGACUCCUGUAACAAAAGUGAAUAAAUUUUGUUGAGAAAAUACA